CCACGAGGAAGGGUCCAAGAGGACAAAAUGAGAAGAAAAACAUCAGAAGCUCAAAGAGCCAGAUUGGAAAAGUUCACACAAGAGACAGAAGCUGGAAACCACACCACUGUGGCAGAGCUCGUCAUCUUGGGACUAACAGAGGACCCUAAGCUGUGUAUAGUCUUUUUUGUGAUAUUUCUAGGAGUAUACAUCAUCACUUUAGUAGGCAAUAUCAGCAUCAUCACAUUGAUAAGAAUUUCCUCCCAGCUGCACACACCCAUGUAUCUAUUCCUCAGCCAUCUGGCUUUUGUAGAUGUUGUAUUUUCAAGCUCAGUCUCAGUCAUAAUGCUUAUGGAGCUCCUUGGACAUGGGCUGGUCCUACCUGUGGCUACCUGUGCAGCUCAGCUCUGUAUUACAGUGUCGUUUGGGUCAGCUGAGUGCUUCCUUCUGGCUGCCAUGGCCUAUGAUCGCUAUGUAGCAAUCUGUUCACCUCUCCUCUACUCUACACUCAUGUCCUCUAGAGUCUGCUUUCUAUUGUUGGGGGUGUCCUAUGUUGGUGGCUGCAUGAAUGGUUGGACAUUUACUGGUUGUGUGUUAAGUCUGUCCUUCUGUGAACCAAAUCAGAUAAAUCACUUUUUCUGUGACUUCUCCCCUUUGCUGAAGGUGUCUUGCUCAGAUGUCUCCAUUAUUGGAAUCAUCCCCUCUAUCUCUUCUGGCUCCAUUAUUGUGGUGACAAUUCUUGUCAUAGCUGUUUCCUACAUCUACAUUCUUAUCACUAUCCUGAAGAUGCAGUCCACUGAGGGCCGCCACAAGGCCUUCUCCACCUGUACCUCCCACCUCACUGCAGUCACUCUGUUUUAUGGGACCAUUACCUUCAUUUAUGUGAUGCCCAAGUCGAGCUACUCUACUGAACAGAACAAGGUGCUCUCUUUAUUCUACACAGUGGUCAUUCCUAUGCUCAAUCCCCUCAUUUAUAGUCUGAGGAACAGGGAUGUAAAGGAUGCUCUAAGGAAAGCAAUUGUCAGAGUAUAUUCAUAGACCCUCUUGAAUUCAAGUAAUUUGUCAUAAUUUUCUUUCCUCAUGUCAGACCUAGCAUCUAUCACACGAGACUAUACUGAAUGCUUCAUAUUAAAACCUGUGUCUUUGAACUAUUCUUACUUUUAUGUAUGUAUGAAUCAUUUGCAGGACUACCCGAUGCCCGUGAAGUGAUAGGAAUAGUCAUUUCUACUACAGAACUUCUGCAAGAUAGCAAAUCUCAUUGCCUUUAUCUUAUUUACGUAGCAAACAACAAUUUGUGCCAUCUACACGUCAGACUUUUUAAAAAAUUUUAUCUUCAUGCUAUAUGAAUUUAUUUAUUUCUCACAACAACAACUAACAAAGUAGUACCUUUAUUUAAUUUUGUGGAAAAAUUG